AAAAGAGAUAUUUAUAGCAAGGACAACGAAAGUGAUCAGAGCCACACGAAUUUAUCAUAUAUCAGCCAUUGUUGAGAAGAAGUCAGGACUAUUCACUUCCACGUGGAUUAAAAAGUCUGGACAAAUGUACUACGGGUUGCUAAACUUGCCAGCGUUUGGCGAAGGUCCGGGAAACAAAAGAUCCAGAAGCCAACUUUCCCCUGGCGCAGAGCAUCAAAUUUUCUUCUCAUACACGCCGAAAUAGCAAAACAGAAAAAAGAUCAGCAGUAGCGGAGAAGGAUAAAUAAAGAUGGCAACGGUGGUGUCUAACGUCACGGCAUUUCGGAAGAUUGAGAUGUCCGGAAAGUUCAAAGUUACUUGCAGAAAGAAAGAGAGAGACAGAGGUCAAAACCAGCACUACCCUUACAAAGUCAUCGAAAUUACUCCGCCGCCCAAGAACCUCGGCAUUCGCUGCUUUCCCUGUAAUGUGCAGUGCGGGGAGAGCGUGACAAUUGAAGGCCGAGCUUAUACGGUAUCAGCUGUAACUCAUCGAUACCAACUCCGAAAGGGGAAGUAUGAGCCUAGUGAGAAGAGGCUUGAUGUACUGUCCACGGGAAGAUACAUUUUGAACUUGUAUUUGGAAAACUUAAUGGAAAAAUCAUAAUAAUCUAUUCCUAUUUAGCACAACAUUUACUCCAAAGUAAGUAGAGAGUUAUGAACAGUAGGACUUUGGUGGGAUGGGAGGUCAAGUGUUCAAAUCUUGUCUUUUACCAUUUGCCGUUAUAUGUGGCCUGUCACUUUAAAUAGUUCCAUGUAUCUGUCUGAAUCGGUGAUGGUUUAGUCUUCACCGAUUUUCCCUUAGGUCUCUUCAGGCUAUAACAGUAGAGAGUUAUAACAGUAGCCUUAGCACAUUGACCUAUGUAGUAGAUUUGUAUGAUGAUGGGGAAUGAUUAAUUUAGAGUCCCAGCAUUCAGCAACCCUAAA